AUGGAGCUGCGAGCUAGCUUGGAGUUGAAAGGCAUCCACCGCGAUGCCAUCCAGGAAGCUUGCAAGAAGAAGCGGAAGGAGAUGCUCGAGGAGCACGACGCCAAGCGUGGUGAUGCCAAGAAGGCUGCGCGAGAUGGAGAUCCCAAGGUGCAGGAGCGAGAGAAGGAGCGCGAGCAGGAGAAGGAACUGCAGCUGCAGCGAGAAAAGGAGAAGGAGAAGGAGCGUGAGAAGAAGAAAAAGCAGGAGGAGAAAGAGGCCAAGGAGAAAGAGGAGCGCUUGAAGAAGGAAAAGGAAAAGCAAGCGCAGGAGAAAGAAAGACAGAGGAAAGAAAAGGAGAAAGAAAGAGAAAAGGAGAAGGACAAGGAGCGCGAGAAAGAGAAGGAACGCGAGCGUUCGAAAGGCAAGGAAAAGGCAAAGGCCAAGGAGUCCGACAAAGACGGCAAGCAGAAAGAAAAGGACAACGACAAAGGCAAAGACAAAGACAAGGACAAAGACAAAGCCAAGCAGGCCAAGCGGAGAAGUCCUGAGAGCAAGUCUCCUUCAGGAGCCGCCAAGAAGAAGGUUCGCCGGUAA